GUCUACGAACUAACCAUAAACGUGCUUUUCGCUCAACGCGGUAGAAAAUGGCAUAAGAGACCGGCGGUCGAGGCCCCGGUCACUGAUGUGACCAAUUACAAAGCUCUGGCACUUCGACGUAUUAACCGCCACAAGCUCACCAAUAAGGUGACAGUAGUUUCUUCAAUUCGCCGCGAUUUCGGUUUGGUGUUCGUUGCGCCCGCAACUUUGGACUUCUGCGAUUUAAUCGUAAUGUUUAAUCCAGCCUUUACCCUCUGCACCCAGACCGGCGCUGCCUCACCGUUAACUGAUGAGGACCGUAUUUUUACCAAUCUCUACGGUCUUCGCGACUGGCAUUUGAAGGGUGCUAUGCAAAGGGGUUGUUGGUACAAGACUAAGGAGAUAGUUCUCAAGGGUCAGGAUUGGAUAAUAAACGAAAUCAAAAAGUCUGGCCUCCGAGGCCGUGGAGGCGCUGGUUUUCCUGCGGGUGUCAAGUGGGGUUUUAUGCGAAAGCCCAAGGAUGGACGGUAA